UUGAUUCAGAGGAGACGCUCGUGGCUCUGCGGCUCGUGGCUGCGGACACAGACUGUGGUGAGAUGGGUCCAGAGUUGUUGCUGGACUCCAGUAUUCGUCUGUGGGUGGUUCUGCCCAUCGUCUUCAUCACCUUCCUCUCAGGUGUGCUCCGACACCAUGCGUCGACCCUCCUGCAGCGGGACAAGGAGGCGGGGCAGGAGGCCAUCUCUGACAGUCAGGUUUUAUUAAGGAGCCGAAUUCUCCGAGAAAAUGGGAAGUACCUGCCCCGACAGUCGUUCAUGAUGAGGAAACACUACUUCAACAACGCAGAGACGGGAUUCUUCAAAAAGACCAAGAGGAAGGUCAUCCCCAAGAAUCCGCUCACAGACAGUGGGAUGGUGUUGGACAUGAUGAAGGGGAACCUCACUAACGUCCUGCCCAUGAUCCUGAUCGGAGGCUGGAUCAACUGGGCCUUCUCCGGUUUCCUCACCACUAAAGUUCCGUUCCCGCUCACUCUGAGGUUCAAGCCGAUGUUACAGAGAGGAGUCGACCUCAUCUCACUGGACGCCUCCUGGGUGAGCUCCGCCUCCUGGUACUUCCUCAACGUGUUUGGGCUCCGCAGGAUGUACGGCCUGGUCCUGGGCCACGACAACUAUGUGGACCAGACCCAGAUCCUCCAGGACCAGAUGACCGGGUCGGCCAUGAGCAUGCCCCCAGACCCCAACAAGGCCUUCAAGAGUGAGUGGGAGGCUCUGCAGGUCGUCGAACACAGAUGGGCUUUAGAGAAUGUGGAGGACGAACUGAUGGCCCACAACCUGGACCUGAGCUUCAACUGAGGACAGAAGGAGGACAGAAGGAGGACAGAAGGAGGACAGAAGGAGGACAGCAGGAGGACAGCAGGAGGACAGCAGGAGGACAGCAGGAGUACACCUGGAUCACACCAGGAUCACACCGGGACUACACCUGAGGACCUGAUGCCGCCUUAAAGCCACAGAGAUCCAGUUUUUGUUGUAAAGACUUUGUUAAAUUAUGAAACGAUCUGAACAGUGAGUCAUUUCGUGCCAAACUUUCAGAGACGAGUUGUAAAAGUUUGUUGAUGCCAAAUAAAUGUUAACGUUUGUUCAGCCACGUUUAGAGUCGAAAUAAAAGUUAAUUUCAGUCAUGAGCCUUGUCCUGAACAGACGUCUGAGAACUGAAAACUGAAACUUAUUUUAAGUAGUUUUCUUCAUAACUCGUGUCAAAUGUAUCAAAGGAGCAUUUAUUAUUAUUAUUAUUAUUAUUAUUAUUAUUAUUAUUAUUAUUAUUAUCAUCAUCAUCUACCCCUUCCUAUUGAACAGAUCAUUCUUGCACAAACCUCCAGAGCCUUUUACACAGUCGGUCCAAGUGUCUUGUCGUUGUCCUAUAGCGCCCCCAGUGGGCAGUAGUACAAACAGCACAUGCUCUGACCUGCAGAGCCACACAAACAUGCUCAGAGUCUGUUCACUCACAUUUACUCAACUACAACUAUAUUUCGAACAUGAUACUGAGGCUCAGUGUUCGUUGUGUGUAUUUCUUUGCAAUAGUGGGAGAUUUUUUGCCAUAAAAUAAGGCCUCAAAUCCUACGAAAAGUACUUGUUACCUUCCAGUCCAGUUAAAAAAUGUAGUGGAGCAAAAAAUACAAAUACUGCUCUCAAAUAUAGUGAAGUAAAAGUAAAAAGUAUCCACUGUAAAAUGUAGUUAAGCACAUUACCAAUACCUAAAAAUUCGACUUAAGUGCAGUACUUUACUAUUACUCGGUUACAAGUUUGACUUUCUGCACUGCUCCUUCGGAUAUAAGUUAUAAGUUUAUGUGUUUUCUGAUCCAUCCUAAACAUGUAUUUUAUUAAACAUGUAUUUUAUUGUUUAUAAUAUUGUGUAUAUUGUAUUU